AUGAUGGUUCCUAACGAUUUCGAUCCUUUCGUCAAGGGCACGCCCUCGCUGCCCAUCACCACGCCUACUUCGGUGGCUCCCAUCCCCACGGUGAUCCCUGGCGUCCCACUCUUCCAGGAUCUCCAUGAUACGGGGAAGCGGACUCUUUGGGUGGUCACCGUGCUAAUGGGCAUUUCCUCCCUGGUCUUCUACACACUCGCUGCCCGGGCCCCACUGUCCAAACGAGUCUUACACACCCUAACGUCCCUAAUAACCACCCUCUCUUUCCUAACCUACCUCGCCCUCUCCACCGGCGAAGGCAUAACCUACAAACACGCCACAACAACCCACCACCACAAACACGUCCCCAACACCACAGACGACCUCUUCCGCCAAGUCCUCUGGCUGCGCUACCUAAACUGGGCACUCACCACGCCCCUCCUACUCAUCAAUUUCGCCCUCAUCUCCGGCCUGCCCGGCGGGCAUCUGCUGACUGCUAUCGCGGCGAAUUUCGUCAUGCUGGCGGCGGGCGUGUUGGGUACGUUUGCGGGGCAUACGGCGAUGCGCUGGGUGUGGUUGGUGAUUAGUUGUCUGGCGUUUUUGGUUAUGUUGCAUCACGGGGGGUUCCAUGCGCAGAGGGCGGCGAGGGGGAAGGAUGCGCAGACGAGGAGGUUCUUUGGGGCGUUGUCGGGGUCGGGGUUCGUUGCUUUUGCGUUGUUCCCGAUUGCUCUCGCUGCGGGUUCGCUUGCGCUGAAGAUCAGCGUCGACGUUGAGACUGUUCUUUAUGCUAUCCAGGAUAUCUUUACCCAGGGUCUUUUGGGUUACUGGCUUUUGCUGGCACAUGAUAGUGCCCAGGGAAUCACACUCUAUGUGGACGGCUUCUGGUCGUCGGGUGUCGGUAACGAAGGCGCUAUUCGUAUUACCGAGGAAGAUGGCGCGUAA